UUCCCGUCCUCCACUGCUCUUCUAUGGCGGGCAAUACCGACAACCUGCAGAAAGCAAUAAGCCUUGCUAAUAAGGCAGCACAAGAAGAUAAAGCAGGAAACUACGAGGAAGCCUUCUGCUUGUACCAACAAGCUGUGCGGUAUUUUCUCCAUGUUGUUAAAUAUGAAGCACAGGGUGAUAAAAUGAAACAGAGCAUUAGAACGAAAUGUACAGAAUACUUGGACAGAGCAGAAAAGCUGAAAGACUAUCUGAAAAAAGAAAAAACUGCACCAAAACCAGUUAAAGAGUCUGGUCCUACUGAUGGAAAAGGGACUGACAGUGAUGGGGAAGGGGAAUCAGAGGAUCCUGAAAAAAAGAAGCUACAGAAUCAACUUCAAGGAGCAAUUGUUAUGGAGCGGCCAAAUGUCAAAUGGAGUGAUGUUGCUGGCCUUGAAGGUGCCAAAGAAGCACUUAAAGAAGCAGUGAUCUUGCCCAUUAAAUUUCCACAUCUGUUUACAGGAAAGAGAACACCCUGGAGAGGAAUUCUUCUGUUUGGACCACCAGGAACAGGGAAGUCUUACUUAGCAAAAGCGGUGGCAACAGAAGCAAACAACUCCACCUUCUUCGCAGUAUCUUCCUCUGACCUUGUCUCGAAGUGGCUAGGUGAAAGUGAAAAAUUAGUGAAAAACUUGUUCCAGCUUGCUAGAGAAAACAAACCUUCUAUUAUCUUCAUUGAUGAGAUUGAUUCCCUCUGUGGGUCAAGAAGUGAAAAUGAAAGUGAGGGUGCUAGACGAAUAAGAACAGAAUUUCUAGUCCAGAUGCAAGGAGUUGGUACUAACAAUGAAGGAAUCUUGGUCUUAGGAGCAACAAACAUACCCUGGGUUUUAGAUUCUGCUAUCAGGAGAAGGUUUGAGAAGCGUAUUUAUAUUCCUUUACCUGAUGAACAUGCCAGGGCUGCAAUGUUCAAACUUCACCUUGGGUCAACUCCCAAUCUCCUAGAGGAAGCAGAUUAUCGAGAGCUUGGAAAGAGAACUGAUGGCUAUUCUGGUGCAGAUAUAAGCAUCGUUGUGCGGGAUGCGUUGAUGCAGCCUGUUAGGAAAGUGCAAUCAGCCACUCACUUUAAAAAAGUAAAAGGACCAUCAGUAUCUGAUCCAAAUACAAUGGUCGAUUUGUUCACCCCUUGCUCUCCAGGUGAUUCUGGAGCCAUAGAAAUGACAUGGAUGGAUGUCCCAGGUGAUCAGCUACAGGAGCCUCAAGUUUCCAUGGGCGAUAUGCUCAGGUCGCUAGCUAGCACAAAACCAACCGUUAACGAACAGGACCUGGAGAAGUUAAAGAAGUUUACAGAAGACUUUGGGCAGGAAGGUUAAAGUGAAGAUCAAUGUGGAACAUAAGAACAUUUU